UUUGCAGAUGCCUUGCUAGCGGACUUGGAAUCUACCACCUCCCACAUCUCCAAACGGCCUGUGUUCUUGUCCGAGGAGCCCCCCUACUCCUAUCCAACUGGAAACCACACCUACCAAGAGAUUGCUGUGCCGCCCCCUGUCCCUCCACCCCCAUCCAGCGAGGCCCUCAACGGUGCAGUCCUUGACCCCUUAGACCAGUGGCAGUCCAGUGGCUCCCGAUUCAUCCACCAGCAGCUGCCUUCCCCAUCACCUGUGUACGGUUCCAGUGCCAAAACUUCCGGUGCCUCCAACCCCCAGGACAGCCUUGGCUCCCCGUGUUCCCGAGCAGGUGAAGAGGAGCACGUCUACAGCUUCCCCAACAAGCAGAAAUCAGCUGAGCCUUCGCCCACUGUGAUGAGCUCCUCUCUGGGCAGCAACCUUUCGGAACUUGACCGCUUGCUGCUGGAACUGAAUGCCGUGCAGCAUAACCCUCCAGGCUUCCCUGCAGAUGAGACCAACUCCAGCCCCGCUUUGCCUGGGGCUCUGAGCUCCCACUAUGGCAUUCCAGAAAAUAACAGUCCUCUGGGGGGCAAAGCUGUGCCUAUGGCGAAGGAGGAGCCCAAGCGGAGUGGGGGCCGGGGCCUGGAGGAUGUGCGGCCCAGCGUGGAGAGCCUCUUGGAUGAGCUUGAGAGCUCCGUGCCCAGCCCUGUCCCCGCCAUCACCGUGAGCCAGGGGGAGAUGAGCAGCCCACAGCGUGUCACGUCCAGCCAGCAGCAGACGCGCAUCUCUGCUUCCUCCGCCACCCGGGAACUGGACGAGCUGAUGGCCUCACUGUCGGAUUUCAAGACCAGCUCCUCCGCUGUGGCCUUGAGCUCCCUGGGGGUGCUGCCCAACUCAGCUCCAUCCCCACGCCACACCCCUCCCCCUGCUGGCUCUCCUCCUUUGGUGCCUUCUGUGUUCCUGCCAUCCACCACCAAAUCCUCCCCUCCAGGCCAGGGUCACACUCAGGAGGGACUCUGCAUGGGGCAGAAUGGUCGAGGGAGUCCCUCUCCUGGGACCCCCAGCUGGCUUGAUUUGGCUGGUCUUGGGAGGACUCCUGAUGUCCCCAACUCAAGACCUCACUCCGCAGAAGGGUCUCUGGGGCCAUUUGGUGCAGAGAGCCAGGGUCGAGUUCGGAAGGACCUGCUGCAACCCAGGCAUGAGCUUUGUGGGGCUCUGCCCUGCCACACUCCACUUGCUUCUGGGGGUGCAGAUCCCUUGGAGCCUAGGGACCCUCAGGGGCCUCUGGCUAACCCUGUGUGUGCAGAGGAGGCCAUGGCUGCUAUGUGGGAGUGGCCAUGGGCUUUGGAAAAGUCCAGCCUCAAGACUUGCCGUGAAGCUGCUUAUAGCUUCCAGGAAGUAAUUGAGCCAGCCAUGGUGGCCGUGGACCGACAGGCCAUCUUCCCAGACACCUGGAGUCUCAUGGAGGAAUAUGACCAACAGAAGGAUGGGGCAAGGACACAGCCCAGGAAGCUGGGGAGCAGCUGUCCCGCCGCCGUGGACAAGGAGCAGUUGGGUGGAGAGGUACCUGAGCUGGCCCCUGCACCUGAGGCCCUAAGGGGCCCAGAAGGCAUCGCUGGAGCAGCUUCGGAGGCCAGGAAGGAGCAGCCAGAGCGUCCACGCGCCAUGGUCAUGGACACACCCAACGCCAUGGAGAGGAUUUCCACCUCCAGCCAGAUCCGUUCUGUGAUCAGGAGGAGCCGAGACACAGGCCAUGCACACCCCAUGUCUCGGGAGCCUUCCCCUCGCCGCCGGCUGGACCCUGCAACCCUGAGCAGGACCCCAUCUCAGGAGCGUCUCAUCGCAGAACUGCAGGGUCGGCUGGGCAUCCAGCCGGAGGCAGAGGUGGCGGCAGGGGAAGCUGGGGCUCCCGCCCAGGACUGGCUGACUGAGGGCGUCGUCAUCACUGUGCAGCCACGCGGGAGGCAGGCUGGGGGGCAGCUCGUUGAGAAGGUGGUCUUCCCUCCCGGCUCUCCCAUCCCCCUGAGAAGAAUCACCUCUGCCCUGGCUCCUCCUCCUGUCCCUUUGCUCCAGCAUCAGCAGGACGCCUCGGCCAGCAGCUCUUCUCCCCUGCCUGCUCCUUCCCCUUCAGGGCUUUCUUCUUGCACGCCCCCUUCUCCUGGGGUCCAGAGCGCAAGGGGAGAGCCUCGGGCUGAUGUGCAGGGCCCCCACUCCCCUACUCCUGCCCCUGCCGGUGUGAGGUCCGUGGGCUGCCAGACCGAUGAGGACCCGCUCUUCCCCCCGAUGCAGAUCCAUGGCCUGGAACAAAGAGCGGAUGCAGAGCUGAGCUGGGCGGCCGGUUGGCCUCCACACAGCAGGCAGAGCAGUCCGGAAGGGCAAGACGAGGGAGGGUUCAUGGCCCAGGGAAAGACGGGGAGCAGCUCACCCCCUGGAGGGCCCCCAAAGCCUGGGAGCCAGCUGGACAGCAUGUUGGGGAGCCUGCAGUCCGACCUGAACAAGCUGGGUGUUGCCACAGUUGCCAAAGGGGUCUGCGGGGCCUGCAAGAAACCCAUCGCCGGGCAGGUCGUGACUGCCAUGGGGAAGACGUGGCACCCUGAGCACUUUGUGUGCACGCACUGCCAGGAGGAGAUUGGGUCCCGGAACUUCUUCGAGCGGGACGGACAGCCUUACUGUGAAAGAGACUAUCACAACCUCUUCUCCCCACGCUGCUACUACUGCAACGGGCCUAUCCUGGAUAAAGUGGUGACGGCCCUUGACCGGACGUGGCACCCUGAGCAUUUCUUCUGUGCCCAGUGCGGAGCUUUCUUUGGUCCUGAAGGGUUCCACGAGAAAGACGGCAAGGCCUACUGCCGGAAGGAUUAUUUUGACAUGUUUGCACCCAAGUGUGGGGGCUGUGCCCGGGCCAUCCUGGAGAACUACAUCUCGGCCCUCAACACCCUGUGGCACCCCGAGUGCUUUGUGUGCCGGGAGUGCUUCACGCCGUUCAUCAACGGCAGCUUCUUCGAGCAUGACGGGCAGCCAUACUGUGAGGUGCACUACCACGAGCGGCGUGGCUCCCUGUGCUCUGGCUGCCAGAAGCCCAUCACGGGCCGCUGCAUCACCGCCAUGGCCAAGAAGUUCCACCCCGAGCACUUCGUCUGUGCCUUCUGCCUCAAGCAGCUCAACAAGGGCACCUUCAAGGAGCAGAACGACAAGCCCUACUGCCAGAACUGUUUCCUUAAGCUCUUUUGCUAGGGCGCGUCUGCUGGCGUCUGCCCCAGCCCAGCCUCCCGAACUACUACUGGGACCCGGAGACCUGGCCCGGGGGUGAAGGGGCGUGUGUAUACAUGGCUGAAACUGGAACACUCAUCCUCAGCUGGGGCAGGACGGGAGAGCCACCAGGGCGCCCACCUCCUGGUUCUUGCUCCACUAGAACCUCUGGGCCUCCUGCCUCUUCCUGUGGAGCUCCCCACUCGUCAUCCCUCCCAGAGGGGUGGGGUUGGGGGCCCUGUCCACACCCUGCACCGUCCCCAUGGACUGGCCCAGCCAGACCAGGGCCCCACACUGGAGCCAUCUCUUUCUUGUAUUUCGGCAGUGGAGUUGGGGGUCAGGCAGUGCCCUCUCUGUCCAUGUCUGCCCCCCCCCCCCACACCCUCCAGCCUGGUGACCUUGCUGAGAGCAGUGGAGGGCUGCCAGGCUUCCCGCAGACAACGCCAGCAUCCAUCCAUCCGUCCAUCCUGGGGCGGGGGCGGGGGACGUGCCUGGGAGGCCGUGGCAGGCUCUGUGUGUUCUUGCUGCCUUGCCAGUGCCCCAGGCAGGGACGACUGCCCCCGCCUCCCUGUGCCCUUUUGUAAAUGCUCUGGUCCUACUGAGAGAGGCCUCUCCAGCAAUAACGUUUUGUAGUCCCUGUCCCUGUCCCCAGGACGACACCGGCCCGACAUUGCACCUGCCGACUUUGAGAGAUUUCUACACUGAGAUUUGAAUUCCUAGUCGCCUGGGUUGCUUUUACUUUAUACGAUGUGAUUUUGAAGAGAUUUUAAAGAUGUUCCCUUUUGUACUCUCCCUCUCGUCCACUCCUGCCGGGGCUCUGGACCGGAGUUUGCUUUGUACUGAGGGCUUGGGGGUGGGGGAGCAAUUUGUAUUUUUAUUUUUUCUUAGCACAAGCAGGUGAACUUGGGCACAGCCCCAUGAUUGUCCUUCCUGGAACCUCGCAGCUCACCAGGACUGUUUGAUAUCAAACUGCUGUAUUUUGAACCCUUUUUCCUUAACUGGCCAGGCCAGCAAGCUCCAGGUUGACACGGGCCUCAGGUGCCUGGCCCGUCUGCACCUGGAGUUCUGGGUCUCACUGUCCUUUCCACCACGAGGAGACGCCCGCGUGGCCAUCCUCGACCUCCUCCCCGCUGCCCUGGGGCUGGGGGAGCUGGCAUUGGAUCCUGACCUUGAAGACCACAGUGUCUCUCAGCUCUGGACUCCCGAUUGGACAGACCCCAGAGGGUCUAAAGUGAGGAUGACACAGUCUGUUUCCCUGGUCUCCAGCAAGGGCUGAGGGCACUGGCGUCUCUGACGAUGGUCUCCUGUGUGGCCAAGGUCCCCGCAGAGGUCUGCUGUCUCCAUUUGCACCCACCGGCCUUACUGCUCUGUUUACAGUGACCUUCCAGGACCCUUCCCCAAGGGAGGGCCUGGGGAUUUUGGGGUCCCCCUUCUGAGUCCAUGGUUAUUUGAUGAGUUGACUUUGAUCUUUUUAUCCUGUGUAAACUUGUAGCCUGGCUUUUCUCAUUUCCAUUCUCGUGAUGUAUGCCAAUAAAGUUUGCCAUUAUUUUCA